ACUGUAACUAUUGAUAGUCUAUAUAUAAUAUAGAAUCUAGAUCUAGAUCUAUCUCUACUAAUAUAGUCUAGAAUUCAAAUCAAAGUAAAAUGCAAGAUCCAAACAAUGAUGGCUUUCUUUGUGUUACAUGCACUGCUCCUGUAAAUAUAGCUGUCAUAAAGUACUGGGGUAAAAGAAACGAAAAGUUAAUUUUGCCAACAAAUUCUUCUUUGAGUGUUACCUUAGGACAAGAUGAACUCCGAGCCAAAACCUCAGUGGCCGUUAGCUCUGAUUUCAAUGAGGACAAAAUGUGGUUAAAUGGAAAAGAGCAGUCUAUAGAAAAUCCCAGAAUACAAAAUGUUCUUAAAGAAAUUAAGAGGCGUGCUCGUAAGAGAUUGUCUGACAGUGAAAAUGAAGCAGAUCUGUUACUGAAACAUGUCCAUAUUGUUUCAGAAAAUAAUUUCCCUACAGCUGCUGGAUUGGCCUCCUCGGCUGCUGGCUAUGCAUGUUUAGUUUACUCCUUAGCUAAACUGUAUGGAGUGCAAGGAGAAAUCUCUGAUAUAGCAAGACAGGGCUCUGGUAGUGCCUGUCGAAGUAUUUAUGGAGGAUAUGUAGCCUGGGAAAAAGGCAAAGCUGAUGAUGGCACUGAUUCUUACGCUGUUCAAAUAGCUCCUGAGACUCACUGGCCUGAAAUGAGAGCACUCAUUCUUGUGGUGAGUGAUCAGAAAAAAGAUGUGGGCAGUACAGAGGGCAUGCAGACAACCAUAUCAACAAGUGAACUCAUGCAGCAACGCAUCCAGGGCAUUGACAAGAAAAUGAAACUAAUGACACAAGCAAUAAAAGAGAAAGACUUCCCAACAUUUGCCAAGUUAACUAUGCAGGAUAGUAAUCAGUUCCAUGCAGUCUGUCUGGACACUUACCCUCCAGUUUUCUACAUGACAGAUGUCUCCAGGCAAAUCAUUCAAUUAGUUCAUUCUAUUAAUGACAGCACAGGACACAUUAAGGUGGCUUACACUUUUGAUGCAGGCCCUAAUGCAUGUCUGUAUCUGUUAGAGAAAGAUGUCCCUCUUGUUGUGAGUUUUGUCCAACAUUAUUUUCCUUCAAGUACAAUGCACAUCACUGGUCCAGCAGUUUCCGAAUACACACUCACUAGUGAUGAUCUGGAGAAGGUCAAAGUUCAGCCUAAUCCAGGAGCUGUCAAGUAUAUCAUUCAUACAAAGGUUGGUUGUGGCCCUCAAGUUGUAACUGACCCAGCAGAAAGUUUGUUUUCUGCCAAUAGAAAACCUAAACAUGAGAGUUCAUUGGAGAGAUAAUAUUUUGCAUUGGUAGGACUAUGUGUGCAUUGUGAAAUAAUAUAUUGCUUUAGUAGGACUGGAUGUGCAUUGUGAAAUAAUAUAUUGCAUUAGUAGGACUAUGUCCAGAUCAAUUUAUAUUUUACUUACUAUUGUAAUGCUGAACUAAAAUUAAAAUUGUUAGGCACAAAAAUAUGAGAAACAUUAUGAUGUACAUUUUGAGUUCUAUAAUGUUUUAAUAAUUUCUGAUUGUUCUCAAUCUCAAAAACUAUUUAGUCAUAUUGCAUCAUUUUCUACUUAAACUUAAUAUUUAUAAUUGAUAUCAACAUAGUUACCUCAGCUAACUAUCUUAUAAUAAGCAUUUUAACAAUCAAAUUUAACUGGGCACAAUUGAAAUGAAAAAUACAUAAACAUUGCAUUUAUACAACUGUGUUAACAUAAAUAAAAGGGAACAAAUGAUU